AUGAUGCAGAUUACAUGUUAUGAGAAGAACAAUAACAGGUAUCAUAGUUAUUUGAGACUGAGGGUACGAAAUGAUUCUUGGAUUGCUUCGGUUCAAUUACCCAUUUGCCGUGCGCAAAUUGGUGUAGAAGCUGCUAGAUUUGGCCUUGACGGCGGCGAGCAUGCUGCUACAUUAACAAAAAGAGAAAUUGAGGAGGAAUUCAAUACAAGAAAUGAAUUUAAUGCAAGAUAUCAUUAUAACAUAGAGGACAAUAGGCUCGGGCAGCAUGUAGACAAGGGUAUUGAGGACUCUAGAACUCUUAAAAACCGAUACUCUUUGGGCAUCAGUGAGGAUCAACUGGUAUGGAAUUUUUGGGAAGAAAUUCAAAGAUUUAUUCAGAAAUAUUUUCGAACCUGA